AUGGCUAAUGAAGUAAAUUUAUCUUCUCGUAGAGUAAUGAGAAAAAUAAAAUUAGGUAAAGCAAGACCAGCAAUAAUGUAUCAAUUUGAUACAUUAGUUGAAUUAAGUGAUGGAUCAGUAAUAAAAAGAAGAUCACAAGUUCCAAAAGAUGAAAUAAGAAUGAUUAAUGAUCAAAGAAAUUCUUUAAAAUGGAAUCCUCAUAGAUCUGAUUUAGAUACUUCUGAUUUAACAUUAACUGGAAAAAUUGGUAAAUUUAAAACAAAAUAUUCAAAUUUUACAAAUGAUGAAGAAAAUGAAGUGUCUAAAGAGAACAGUAAAGAAUUAAGUAUUGAAGAAGAAGAAAAUCAAAAAUUAAAAGCUAAAAAUGCGGCAAAGGCUAAAGAUCAAGAAUUAUUUGAAUUAAUGGGUGAAAAUGCUCAAGAAAUUGUUGGAGGUGGUAAAUUAUAUGAUAAAAAAGCAGAUAAAAAGAGAUUCAAAUAG